CAGUCAUCGCCGAGUUACAAACAAAACACUUAUCAGACCUGCAGCACAACACUGGGAAUAUUGCUUUUUUUUUGUUGUGGUGUCUGACUGGCCAGGGCUCAUGAUGGCUCUGCUCAAAUCCGGCUGGCUCUGGAGACAGUCUUCUGUCCUCAAACGCUGGAAACUAAACUGGUGUGACCUGUGGAUCGAUGGAAGUUUUGUUUUUUACAAAAGUGAAUCCAGAAGAGACUACGAGACCAAAGUGAAUCUGAAGAGCAGCUGUGUGAAUGUGAGGUCUGGACUGGAGUGUGCAGGUGUAGGUCCACCCGAGAGUCACCCAAGGGAAAAUCUGCUGGUAGUUUAUCUGAGAGACGGCACUAUGCUGAGCCUGUGUGCCAACAGUGAAGACGAGGCACUGGCCUGGAAACUCACACUCAUGGAGGCAAAGAGAAAUCCUGUUUUCACAUAUAAUCCCUAUGAUGAUACUUACCAGACUGUUCCAAUUGACAGCCAUAAUGCAGUUUACAUCAUGCCAGGGACUCAGCAUGUGUGGGUGCACAGAGACUCUUAUGAGGACGGCUUUGGAGAGCAGAUUGCACUGGGUCUCCUGGCAGGAAUGGCCGCUGGUGCCGCGAUGCGUUCACUUCUGUGGAUGCCCUUCUGGUUCUGCUGAGGAGACGUCAAACCGCAGGAUCUGAGAACAGACAUCCGGAAAGCUCAGCGAUAGCAAAUGGUCCUUUUCCUGCAUAUAAAUAUGUAUAUAUGAGUAUAGCCAAAGCUGUUUUAAACGAAAUAUCGGAGUGUGUUUUUAUUGCUGCUUUAUUUCAUUGUUUACACAGUCCAAUUUUAGCUGCUUGGAUUUAUUGACACAGUUGAGAUACUUGGCGAAACAUCAAAAGAUCUUUCUGUAGCAUGUGUAGAAAAUACCUGCACAUAACAAUGAUUGUAUUUUCUUGCUGCUAUGAUUCUGUAUACUGUGAGAGAAAUUUUGACCUUUUCCACACAUUUCCCAUUUUCUCAAAAUUCUGAAUUUCUGUCUGACAAUUCAACAUAUUUUUCGUGCAAUACUUAAUUAGGCAUGGAACAAAAACCGGUUUCAAGGUAUACCGUGGUUUGGAAAAGUUAAGGUUUUAAAAACGCCAAAAUUUGUGCUAUACCGUUCCUAAGAUAUACAGUUAAAAGUCAGAAUUAUUAGCCCCCUGAAUUAUUAGCCCCCCUGUUUAAUUUUUUACCCAAUUUCUUUUUAACGGUGAGCAGACUUUUUCAACACAUUCCUAAACAUAAUAGUUUUAAUAACUUAUUUCUAAUAACUGAUUUAUUUUAUCUUUACCACGAUGACACUAAAUAAUAUUUGACUAGAUAUUACUAGAUUUUAAGACACUUCUAUACAGCUUAAAGUGACAUUUAAAGGCUUAACUAGGUUAAUUAGAUUAACUAGGCAGGUUAGGGUAAUUAGGGAAGUUAUUGUAUAAUGAUGGUUUGUUCUGUAGACUAUCGGAAAACAAUUUGUUUAAAGGAGUUAAUAAUUUUGUCCCCAAAAUGUUUUUUAAAAAAUGUAAAACUGCUUUUAUUCUAGCCGAAAUAAAAGAAAUAAGACUGACUGAAUAAUUCUGACUUCAACUGUAUGUAAGAUUUUUUAUUUAUAUAUACAGUAUAUAUUUUUUUGGUUUCUUAGGACAACAGUAUCUCCAGAAGAAAAGAUAUCCAAAUAUGCUAUUUUAAAUGGUACAGAAAUUAGUGUUAUUGAAACAAAUGAAGACAGCAAAAAUUACCAACAUGUUUACUGCGCCAAAAUAUUUUAAAUGUUUCUCAAAAUAAAAUAUAUUGUGUUAAAAACUUAAAAUUGUGUAGAAAAUAAGAGGUUAAGAGGUAAUUGUCAUAUAAAAAAUAAUUAAAUCUCUCUUUCUUUACAUAUAUAUAUACAAACACACACACACACACACACAUAUAUACAUACACUUAGGUAUGUGUGUGUGUGUAUGUAUAUUUAUAUAUAUAUGGAUAUACAUUCAAAACUGAUACCAGAACUGGGCGGAAAAGAAAUGUGAAAAUUUCUUUCUUUUUUUAUUUCUGUGUCUGAAAAGGGCUUCGGUAUGCUUUGUUUAUAAUGUUUAUAAUGUCUAUACAGUAUAUAGUGUUUGCUUCAGAUUUUUUUUUUUUUUUUUUGGAUGAUAAAAAUUUUCCUUUCUUUAUAUCUUUAUAGCACAUUUAUUUAUCAAACUAUAUCUGAUUACCCUAAUUUAUUAUGUUGUGCACCAUGAGGUUUGUAAGCACAAGUCAGACCGUUGAUUGCUCUUAAACCCUCGUAAUGAUGCUGUGAUUUAUUUUUAGCUGCUGCCAAAAGCCAAAUAUAUUUUCAUUAAGCAAAUCAAGGUUUGUGAAAUGCAUCUGAAAUGAACUGAAAUGGCCAGAGCAGUAUUUGGAUCUGAUAUUUCCAAAUAUAAAUUCUAUAUUUUUUUGUGAGAAAUAAAAAAGCUGCUGCUAUACAGAAACAUUAAA